AUGACCUGCCUGUGGUUGCUGCCGCUGCUCCUGUCCCUAACCUUGUCCAGUGUCUCUGUAAAUCUUGGCCAUCCAGCUGCAGCAGAACUGGAUAGUGAAGAGCAGAGUCGCCUGGAAGAGAUCCUGCAGAGGGCUGAGCACCUUCUUCUCCAGUCAAACUUGCAAAAACUAGAAGAGGAAGGAGAGAACAACUCAGAGUUGCAGGCUCCCCAGCUAAACUGGCUUGUGAAGAGGCAGCACCCUGGGAAGAGAUUCUCGGAGGCCUUCGAGAAGAGGCAGCAUCCAGGCAAAAGGGAAGAAGAAGAUGAGGUGGAGGAGGGGAUGGCAGAUGGAGGAGCCACCCUGGAAGCCCACAAACGCCAGCACCCAGGCAAGCGUGAGGAGGAGGCCUGGGAGGCUGACGGUGAGAAGCAAAAGAGGCAACAUCCAGGUCGAAGGGCCUCCUGGGUCAAGGACAGCGAGGGGGAUGUCUCCAAGCGGCAGCACCCAGGCAAACGGAAUCUGGACCUUGACAGCCAAGGCUCUGCCUUCCCUUGCAGCCCCCGGGAGUCUUCCCACUGCAGCCUCUUACUAGAGCUCUUGGAUGACCUCAGCCAGGGCCCAGCACCUGAGAAGAGGCAGCACCCGGGGAGGAGGUCGCCCUGGGGAGGAGAGGAUGCUGAGGAUGAAGAGGUGUAA